UUUCGGCCAACGCUACAAACGAAUUCCCGGAAAUAGCAUCCUAGCGUGUGAAACGAUUACAAGUUGGGCUGAUGGACGCACCAAAAAUAUCUCUGACACGAUUACAAGUUGAACCGCUCGAUCUCUGUACGCCUUAUCCUUUUUACUGUUUGGGAAUUUCGCGUCUGACUACUACAAGAUGGUGGGGGUCAUUUCAUUUCAUCAUUUCGUUCUUCCCAGCUCUGCGCCUGCGUUUUCUUGCUUCUGCUUGGCCAACUCUUUGCUUGUUCUUCAGAAACUUUUUUGUCUCUUAUGAGUUCCGAAUUUAAGAUGAGCAUGAUGGGGGAAUUAAAUUUCUUCCUCGGACUACAAAUCAAGCAAACUAGCCAAGGAACUCAAAUAUCACAACAAAAGUACCUCAAGGAACUACUAAAGAAGUACAGGAUCAGUGAAGGCAAAACCAUGACUACACCUAUGAGAACAAAUGAUAGGCUGGAUGCGGAUGAACAAGGAAAGAACAUAGACCAAAAGAUGGAUCUAAAUGCAUGUGCGGCCAUAUUUAAUUGUACUUCGUAUGACUUUGCCUUUAUACUACUCUAUAACAUCAAGGUCAACUUUUCAUUUUCAAGUGUUACUAAAUGAUCUUGUGACUCCUAAACAUUUUGAUCAUAUCCUCAAUAAUUUUAAAACUAAUACACUAUUACAUCUAUUUUUUUUGGAUUUAUUCUUCAUUCCAUCACACAAUUUUAUUAUCUUAAGCCAAAAAUAACUGCAUGUACCGAAUUUUUUUAUCACCUCCGUCUCACCCAACUUUGCCAAGUUGAUCUUGGAUGGGAAAUUAAAAUAGUUUAAUGUUAGUCUUUUGAGUGUAUUUUAAUUACAAUGUAAAUUAAAUGAUGUAAGUUUGUUGCACUCCUAAAAAUUGUUACGUUCUAAUACCACCCUUUCUUGUAAUUAAACUUCUAGAAUUUGUGUACCACCGACUUAUUAGUUAUUACAACUACUCUUCGGGCGAUUUAGAAUCCAAUCUAACCAAGGCCGGAUAAUUAACGCAUAGCGCAAUUAACAGAAGUGCUAAUUAAUGCAUAUACGGCCACUCUUUUUGUAUUAUUUAAUUUAUUAAUUGCACUUCGUAUAACCUUAUCUUUAAACACAUAUAUCUAAUUUAAUAUCAGUGGAGCCUUUUGUAAAUCAGUAAAUGAUAGAUCGAGUAGGAGUAGGAACCUAUUACGUGCCAAGAAAGUAUAAUUAAUAAGUAUAUAUAUGAUCAAAUAGUGUCUAAUUAUAGAAUUCCUUAAACCUAGCUUCUUUAGUGUUCGAAACCGAUACUAGCUUCUUUAAUUGUUUUUUCAUCUCUCCUCAAUUCGGACGUAGGCAUGGCCUGCAGAAGUUUGGAAGGCAUUAGUUGCAGUAAAGAGGAAGAAGAUGAAUAUGGGUGGAAGAAAAAUCUUCCGCCGGGAAUGGCUUUUAUCCCGACGGAUGAAGAACUCAUCACUCUUUAUCAGUGACGGACCCAAAAACUCGG